AUUUCUAUUUCCAGCAUACUUUGAAGCUUCAGUGGAGAGUAAGUCGACAUUUUCCGCUGGGUAUCAACGGUCGAUGCUUAAUUCCUGAUAAUAACAAAUAUGUUUUCUGGGAACAUGGUGCGGAUGAUAUGUGCGAAUAGGGAAAUAUCUGUUAGUUGCUAACUGCUUUUACGUUGACGGCACCGUCGUCUUUCUCCUCUAAACCCAACGCCUGCCGCAAUUGCCAAACCGACUGCAGGCUUCGCUGCGACCCCUGCGAUUGUUCCAAGAGAUCUUUAAGGCUACGCUUACGAGACCGGCAAGUUGUGAUCAUUCUCUAGUUGCUGUGCUCUCUGGCGCUUCUUGUGAUCCUGUUAUCUCGUGUUCAGAUCGAGAGUUGCCUUAGUUCCGCGGUGUUGAAGUAGAGAGCAAGGGUUUUGGUGGUCGGGGAUCUAGGCUUCAACAUGGAGGCAGUGAUGGCCGGGCAACAGGGAAUGGUCGCAAGGAAUCCGUCCGUGGUGCGAGCUGUGGGAGAUCUGAGCUCCAGCUUCAAGGGCGCGGCAUCUUUCAAUGCCAAAGCCUUUCCAAGUGGAGUGAAGGUAGCACAAGCGUUUCCCCGGCUAGUUACCAAAUGCACUGCUGCUCCGUCCAUUGCUGAGCAGAAGGGAGCGGAUAGUUCUCUGGCGAAUAUUGAAGCCGAUGGUCGUGUGUUCAACUUUGCUGCUGGCCCGGCGACGUUGCCAGCGAAGGUUGUGAAGCAGGCUCAAGAUGAGCUUUUCAACUGGCGUGGCAGCGGGAUGAGUGUCAUGGAGAUGUCUCACCGUGGUAAGGAGUUCACUGCCAUCAUCCAGAAAGCCGAGAAGGACUUUCGCGAACUUCUGAAGGUGCCAGAUAAUUAUGCGGUUUUAUUCUUGCAAGGGGGCGCUUCCACCCAGUUCUCAGCCAUCCCCCUGAACCUCUGUGGCCCAGAUGACGUUGCUGACUAUAUUGUGACAGGUUCAUGGAGUGACAAGGCCUACAAGGAGGCCAAAAAGUACUGCAAGUCCAACCUUGUCUGGUCUGGGAAAUCAGAGAAGUACACGAGGUUGCCAUCAGCCUCGGAGUACAAGCUUACUCCAGGAGCUAAGUACGUGCAUAUCUGUGCGAACGAGACUAUUCAGGGAGUGGAAUUUAAGGACUACCCCAAAGUAGAUGGUGAUACCGUGUUGGUCGCGGAUGUAUCGUCCAACUUCUGCUCUAAGCCUAUCGAUGUGUCGAAGUUUGGAGUGAUCUAUGGUGGAGUGCAGAAAAAUAUUGGCCCCGCUGGUGUGGCAAUUGCGAUCGUUCGCAAAGAUCUGCUCGGAAAAGCUCAGGCCCAAACCCCAGUCAUGCUGGACUUCAAGACGCACGCAGACAACGACUCACUCUAUAACACCCCCCCUUGCUUUACUAUCUACGUCUGUGGACUAGUAUUCGAAGACCUUUUGGCGCAAGGUGGACUUGAAGCAGUGGAGAAAAGUAACAUUGAGAAAGCUCAGAUCCUGUACGAUGCUAUUGAUUCGAGCAAUGGAUUUUACAAGUGCCCAGUUGAGAAGUCUGUCCGGUCAUGUAUGAACGUGCCGUUCACAAUGGGGACUCCCGAAUUAGAAGCUGCUUUUCUCAAGGAGGCAGCUGCGCAGGGAAUGGUGCAACUUAAGGGUCAUCGUUCUGUGGGAGGUGUGCGAGCCUCGAUCUACAAUGCCAUGCCUAGGGCGGGGGUAGAAAAGCUUGUUGCACUCAUGAAGUCUUUCCAAGAGAUGAACUCAUAAUUACUUAGCUGAGUGUCCCUAAAUGAAGAACUUAUAGGGUCUCCGGACAGCUUAAACUGCAGUUUUAAGGUUUCUGUUGAGGAGUGGGAAGUUCCAGCGAGGCUGGAAGUUUUGUCCAUCUUUUGACGGCCGUCUAGAAAUUUUCCCUCUUCUGUUGUCCGGCUUUUGUUGUUGUAGGUUCAAUUUGAGAUUUGUAAAGAUCAUCAGCCAAGUUUUGUGCAGUCAAGCCUUGCAUCAAUGUCCAGGCUUGGAGGAGUAAGGAAUUUUCUCAGGUGAUUUUGUGCUUUAUGUACAAGCUCGAUUGCUGUAUCAAGCGUGCUUACUGUCUUGGCAGAAAAUCAAAAUUAGGGGUCCAGUCUUUUUCA